GAAGGAAAUAAAAUUUGUUCCCAUCUUAUUUAUUCAAUUUAUUGUUGAUUCUUAUCGGCUACAUAUUUUUUCUUCACUACAGUAUAUUUUGGAAUGCAAGUUUGGAUCACAACAGGAGCUUACGAAGAUGUCGAACGAAAAACAUUUGAUGUGCCAGGGGAUGAUAAACCAGGCAAUUUAAAGAUACUCUAUCAAUAGUGAACAAUGAGGAGUGCUACAAAGUGUUUGGGUACUUCCUCGGAUUCAUGUGGAUAGUAACGGCGUUCUACUACACGAUGGAAACAAUUGAGCUGUUGAAGCUGAUGCGAUUACAAUGCACCAAUCAGGCGAAAAAUGAAACCUUUCGGAUCCAAUUUGACGACGAACUGGUGGAUAAGGUGUGCAACUUCUACGGACGUUUGGAUGACUUCAUGCCAUACCACAUUAUUACAACGCUCAUCAAGAUGGUUCCUGGCAUAUUGCUAAUUGUAGGAAUAUUUAAACACAAUAUAACUUUAAUAAAGGUAUUCAUUGUCUACGCUCUUUUGGAAGAGAUUUUCUUUGUGACUGUCUUCUCGAAAAUAUUCACUCUUAUCAACACUGAAGGGAAAAAGAGUUCAUGGAUAUUCUGGAUCUUGGUUUUCUCAUGCGCAAAACUUAUACUGGGAAUCUGGAUAAUCCUCGGAGUUUAUGCAGCUAUUGACAGCAGGAUAAAAACAAUUCAUAGAAUAAUGUGAUGGCAUUCGGAUAGUCGACAAAUUCUAAGGGCCGCUAUUUCAU